AAUGUUGAUUGAAUAUAAGGUAGAAAAUUGCAGAGAUACUAGCUAUCCUAAACGUAGUUAGACCCCCCUGUGGUUAAAAAAAAUGAGUUUCUUAAAGUUUCUGGGCCUAUUUGGUACCUUAUUCGUAAAGUAACCCCAAUACUUUGUGAGGACAGUAUAGUCAAAACACUCAAGAGAGCUGAAUAUUUGCUGGACAAGGGUGUUCUUCUUGUGAACCCUGCAUGAGGGCGCAGUUAGUUGUGAGUCUGGGAAACACCCUCGGUGACGGAGUCGAGCGCCGUGUGUGUGGAGGGAGGAGAGAGCGAGAAAGAGAGAUGGAGGUGGAUGUGAUAAGAAUGCUUAUAAGCUGAGACAAUACGUGAAAAACAUUUUUUUUUCUUGGUCAAUGAUAGCUUAAGAUAUUUUCGCUGUUUCGUUACGUUACUAAACAUCCGAAAGGGGUAAAUAUCGGUAAGUGAAAGAUGUGUCUGGAAGCAGUGGGAUGCUAGGGCGACAAACGUAUGGCUGCAUUUAAGCAAGCAAGUCCGCCGUAUGUAGAAAAGAGAGGCCAAUAUAGGUGGUGUGAAUGAAAGAAGAGGGCUUCUCUCUUCUCUCUCUCUCAUGUUUUGAGAGGUGUGGUGGAGGGAUGAAGGCGGUGUUGAUAUCGAGACGGCAGCGGCUCUUCUAUCGGCUCUUGAUAUGUGCUGUCGGGCUCAUCGCCAUCACCUGCUUCGCUCAAAUUCUUCAUGUAACAGCCCAUUCCAAAGAGGAUUCAGACCUGACCUGGGCUGGGCGUAAACUGACCCAGCAAAUCGUCAAUGAGAACCAGACAUCAAGCACACCCAGAGCUGCUAUCCAUGAAUUUCCAGAGGACAUCUUCACUAAGGGACAGAGGAGGCAUGGGGCAAUUCUACUGCAUGUGUUUUGUGCAGUUUAUAUGUUCUAUGCCCUUGCCAUUGUCUGCGAUGUCUACUUUGUCCCCUCUCUGGAAAAAAUCUCCGCGAAUCUGCAGCUCAGUGAGGAUGUUGCAGGUGCCACCUUCAUGGCAGCAGGCAGCUCCGCACCCGAGCUUUUCACAUCUUUGAUCGGUGUGUUCAUCACCAAGGGAGACCUGGGGGUGGGAACUAUUGUGGGAUCAGCUGUCUUCAACAUCCUGGUCAUCAUCGGAGUUUGUGGAAUAUUUUCUGGACAGACCAUCAAGCUGACCUGGUGGCCGCUCUUCCGCGACUCCAUCUUCUACAUCCUCUCUGUGCUGGCCUUGAUUCUGAUCAUAUAUGAUGAUAAAGUAAUCUGGUGGGAGACUAUAAUCCUCAUAUCAAUGUAUGGAGUUUACAUCCUUAUCAUGAAGUUUAACAGUCAGAUUUUGGGCUGGGUGGAGCAGAGGUUUGGUAUCCCAGGUCAUCCGUGUUUGGUGAGCAGUCUGUGCAGAGAUGUGUCGGUAGGAGAGGCAAGCCCCCACUGUGACACCUCCAUGAUCCUCUUGAAGAAAGGUCAGAAUGCGGGUGGCCAGGACUCCCCGGUGGUGAUGGUGGAUGAGUUGAUGAGUCUACACCCUCACCAGUUCUCUUUUUCAGAGGCAAGCCUCCGUGUCAUGAUCACGCCCCACUUCUCCCCCCGCACUCGCCUCAGCAUGGCCGGACGCAUGCUCAUCACUGAGAGGCAGAGACUAAUUCGAAACAGGAGCCCUGGAGACAGCAGUGGCAGCGGAUCAGGGGACACUGCCGGCCAAGAUGGUCCAGGCAUGGAGGGGGUUCCUUGGGGUCUGGAGAAUGGAGGGGCCAUUGAGAGUGAAACACAACCCCUGGAGGAACCCAGACAGAGGGGCCAAGGAGAGGAGUUAGAACGUGUAGCAGAUAUAGAGGAUGCUCAGCCUGAAGAGGAAGAAGAAGAGGCAGAUGAAGAACAACCCUUCAGACCUCUUACCGUGCCAGAGGGGCGCUGGGAGCAAGUGAAGUGGUUGUUUUCAUGGCCUUUAGGCUGCCUGCUGUACUACACUGUCCCUAACUGUGUUUUGCCGCGCUGGGAGCGCUGGUUUAUGGUUACCUUUGUGGCCUCAACACUCUGGAUUGCCGUGUUCUCCUACCUCAUGGUGUGGAUGGUCACCAUCAUCAGUUUUACAUUGGACAUUCCAGAUGUUGUCAUGGGUAUUACCUUUCUAGCAGCAGGCACCAGUGUCCCAGACUGCAUGGCUAGUCUCAUAGUUGCCCGUCAAGGUAUGGGAGACAUGGCAGUGUCCAACUCUAUCGGCAGCAACAUCUUUGACAUUCUGCUGGGUCUUGGUUUCCCAUGGGCUUUGCGCACUCUAGUAGUUGAUUAUGGGUCAAUAGUCUUCAUUAACAGUAAGGGGCUGGUGUACUCUGUGAUUCUCCUUCUCGCUUCUGUUUUUCUCACUGUACUGAGCGUGCACCUGAACCACUGGAGGCUGGACCGGAGGUUAGGUCUUGGGCUUAUGUUCCUGUAUGUCAUCUUCCUGCUCUGUGCCAUCUGCUUUGAGAAACUCUAGAUCACACUGUUCGUAUUUUGCUUGACUGUAGGAUAGAUCUAGUCAUAGAUAAACAUAUUUUAGCCCCAGUCACUGCCUUAUUAGUAGCGGUUAUUUCAGCCAUGGUUUGAACCGUGACUCUGCUCUGGUACGUUAAAGGCACACUAUGUCGAAAUUGUGUUUUUGUCAAACAGUGACCCCUUAGUCACUGUGGAAUACUUGCACUGUUGUGAAUGGCUAGCUAGACAUAUGUGGAAAUUAUUGGACUGGUCUAAUUAUCAACAGUGGGUGAAUGAACAGUAUCGUAAAAAAGGACAUACAAAAUAGAACGCAAACAAGUUUAGAAAUAAGAGAUUUACUUCAUCCAUCAACAAGAUCGCCAGGUCAGCAUCGCUGUCAGUGUUGCUUUUUAGGUCUUGCCACCAACUAGUGAAAGCCCGACCAAGUGGCACUCUUUUCCGUUUCCUCACACGGUCAAAUUCUCUUUUCCUUUUUCAAGUCUUUUCCGACCACGUUUUAUUUGCUUUUUCCAUCUUGGAGUAUCACCUCUGAAAUGCACGCAAGUUUCUUCAUGUUUCAUAUGUUGUUGUUGAUGUGUAUGACGUCGUUGCCGUAAAGCAUUUCGUGAUUCUUGCAAGAUUUGUCGGGGGCUUCUCUGUCAAACUUGAAUGGCUGGUUUUCACAAUGGCGUCCCCCCCAACCUUUACCAGGAUGAUUCGCCCUACUAUGAGUUUGUUUGCCACCGAAAUGACUUUGAAGCUGUUUUAUUAAGGUACAAUUCUUGCAUAGUGUGCCUUUAAGAACAGUCAAGUUCUACACACGGCUUCAAGCCAAUCACCUGCUAGACAGUGCUGCCAAACUCAAGGAGACUGUACUGCAUACUGUACCUCUGAAACAUUUCUACUUAACAUUCUACUUUAAGAAAACAAAAAUCAGUUUCAAUUACAAGAUGUGAUGAAUUUAUAAAGCAGUGUUAAAUGUUUACAGCACACAGAACACUUCCUCUAACCUCGCCUUUUGCAUAUUUUUAUUCUGAAAUCUUGUAAUCACAGUCAAGCGUGAUGUGAAGAAAAAAAACUGAUAUUGGAAAAGUGUUACUACUGAAAGAAAGAUUUCUAUUAACUAGGGUGACCAUUUUGAUUACCGAAAACCAGGACACUCGGGCCGGCAAACAGUUACUCAAAUGAUACUCGAAGUUUACUCAAAGAUGCCUUAUUAAUUUCAAUACAUAUAAAAGUAGGCUAUGCCUCCUCUGUAUGGAUAGAAAAUUGUUAUAUUACAAGACACAAAUUCAGAUAGGCUUCUCAGAGGUUACUCAACAUGUUUUAUUAUGACAGGUUUAAAAAAUAAUGAAAGAAAUAAUGAUAGAAAUAAUGUCUCUACUGUA